CCCGCCCCAGCGAGAUGAACUGGUCUCCGAGGAAGCACCCCCGUGCGACAGCCCAGCUGGAAGGGAGACCUCUCGGGUGACGAGGUCAGAGAACGGGGGACGCUGUCUCCACGGUGAGCCCUCGCCCCGCUGGCGGCCGGCCCGCCCUUCCUGGAAGUGAUGAGGCUCCACAGCGGGCGGUGAGCUGCCCUUCCCGCACGCCCUGGAGCGGCUCCAGCUGUGGUCGGGGAGCGGCUGAUGCCGCGAUAAGCCUGCCUCCGUGCGUCUCGCCCCGGCCCGGGCUCCUGGCCCUGCAGCCGCUCUGCACCCUCCUCCCGGCCCCUGGCCUGGCUCAUCCCACCUCCAGCCCCACAGAAGCCCUGGCGAGGCAUGCGGUGCGGGCUGAGGCUGUGCACAGACCACGGCUGCUUCGGAGCUGCCGGCCCGGGAGACAUGCCUGUCUGUGGCUCUCCAGGCCCCGGGCGUCUGCGUGACACGUGAUCCCGUACGGAGUCGGGGCGCCUCGCCUCGGGUCUCACCGGCAGGUGGAGGCGUUCUGGGCGAGACCCCUUCCUCUUGUCGGGGGCUUUCCUGAACAGGUGUUGGCGGGACCUGGGAGACGCCGAUGAGACCGCCAUGGCCGUCCCGAGGGGCCGGUGCUGAAGACGCCCCCGGCCGGUCGCCGUUCGAGCCGACGCCACGGCCAGUGCCAGGACCUAAAUGCCCCAGAGCUCUCGGGGCACACGGGGCCGGGAGCCGCUGUCGCCGGGGCAGGCCGUGAAGCCAUGGGCAACGCCGAGAGCCAGAGCGUGGAGCACGCGUUCUACGGGGAGAAGCGCGCGAGCCUGGGGCGCAAGCACACGUCGCGCUCCCUGCGCCUGUCGCACAAGGCGCGGCGCUCCCGCCACGCGGCCUCGGGGAAGGCGCCGCCGCGGCGGGUGGAGGCGAGCGCGCGGUCCAGCAGCACCCCCAGCCUCCCGCAGGCGCUGGCCGAGAACGGCCUGGAGCCCUUCGCUGCCGAGGGCGCUCUGGAGGGCUUCGGGGACCCCAUGUGGGCAGACCGCGUGGAGAUGGGCCUGAGACCCGUGUCCUACACCGACUCCUCCGUGGCCCCCAGCGUGGACAGCAGCAUCGUGCUCGCGGCCGCCUCGGUGCAGAGCAUGCCCGGCUCGGAGGAGAGCCCGCCGUACCCGGCGGAGGUGGCGCCCUGCCCGGUGGAGGGGGGCCGGCGCCCGCGCCCCUGUGCCUGCCCCGCGCCCACCUUCGCCGACGCGGCCGGCUUCAAGAAGAAGCGCUCCAAGUCGGCGGACAUCUGGCGGGAGGACAGUCUGGAGUUCUCGCUGUCCGACCUGAGCCAGGAGCACCUGAGCAGCCACGAGGAGAUGCUGGGCUCCGCCGAGGAGCGGGACUGCGAGGAGGCGCGGGGCUCGGACGCCCGGGCGGGGCCCCGACCGCUCAGUGCCGGCCCGCGCGCCAACUCCCUGGGCGACCUGUGCGCCCCGAACAGCCGCGGGGUGACGGCCCACGGGGGGCCCGGCGGGCGGUGCACGGGCUACUGCCGGGACCUGGCGUCGGAGACGCCCCGCCGCUCCCACCGCCAGGCACCCCUCGCGGAGGAGGCGCCCUACACCUACAGCGCCUGCAGCGCCUACAACACGCUGCCCUGCCGGCGCUCGCACUGCCUGUCCGAAGGGGCCACCAACGCGCAGCUCAGCCUCAGCGGCAGCCUGCAGGGCCGCAGGGCCAGGACCGCGCAGGAUGUCAACGCGGGCGAGGGCAGCGAGUUCGCCGACAGCGGGAUCGAAGGGGCCGCCACCGACCCGGACCUGCUGUCCCGGCGCUCCAACGCCACGCACUCCAGCUACUCGCCGCCGCCCGGCCGCGCCUUCGUGGGCAGCGACAGCGGCAGCAGCAGCGCGGGGGACGCGGCGCGCCAGGGCGUCUACGAGAACUUCCGCCGGGAGCUGGAGCUGAGCGCCAGCCGCGAGAGCCCCGAGGACGCGGGCUCCGCGCACAGCGACGAGCGCUCCAGCGGCGCCCCCAGCUCGCCCGGCCGCUCGGACGACGCGCUGCGGGCGGCGGCGCGGGGCACGGUGCGCAAGGCGGGCGCGCUGGCCGUCAAGAACCUGCUGGUGCACAAGAAGAGCCGGAAGGUGGAGCCCGCCGCGCGCCGGCGCUGGAAGCACUACUGGGCGUCCCUCAAAGGGUGCACACUCCUCUUCUACGAGAGCGACGGCAGGUCGGGCGUCGAGCCGGGCAGCGUCCCCAAGCACGCCGUGUGGGUGGAGAACGGCAUCGUGCAGGCCGUGCCCGAGCACCCCAAGAAGGACUUCGUCUUCUGCCUCAGCAACUCCCUGGGCGACGCCUUCCUCUUCCAGACCACCAGCCAGACGGAGCUGGAGAACUGGAUCACCGCCAUCCACUCGGCCUGCUCGGCCGCCGUCGCCAGGCACCACCACAAGGAGGACACGCUCCGCCUCCUCAAGUCGGAGAUCAAGAAGCUGGAGCAGAAGAUCGACAUGGACGAGAAGAUGAAGAAAAUGGGCGAGAUGCAGCUGUCCGCCGUCACCGACUCCAGGAAGAAGAAGACCAUCCUCGACCAGAUCUUCGUCUGGGAGCAGAACCUGGAGCAGUUCCAGAUGGACCUGUUCCGCUACCGCUGCUACCUGGCCAGCCUGCAGGGCGGCGAGCUGCCCAACCCCAAGCGGCUGCUCGCCUUCGCCAGCCGCCCCACCAAGGUGGCCAUGGGGCGCCUGGGCAUCUUCUCCGUGUCGUCCUUCCACGCCCUGGUGGCCGCCCGCACCGCCGAGACAGGCGUGAGGCGGCGCACGCAGGCCAUGUCGCGCUCCACCAGCAAGCGCCGCAGCCGCUUCUCCUCCCUCUGGGGCCUGGACACCGCCUCCAAGAAGAAGCAAGGGCACCCGAGCAUCAACCAGGUGUUCGGCGAGGGGCCCGAGGCGGUCAAGCAGGCGCUGGAGGAGGCCUUCGACGACGCUGUCCCCGACGACAAGAUGGAGAAGGAGAUGGUCCUGCCCAUCACCCACCAGCAGAACCCCGACUGUGACAUGUGGGUCCACGAGUAUUUCACGCCGUCCUGGUUCUGUCUGCCCGACAACCGGUCCGCGCUGACGGUCGUGCGGCCCGGAGACUCUGCGCGGGACACGCUGGAGGGGGUUUGCAAGACGCACCAGCUGGACCCGGCUGCCCACUACCUGCGGCUGAGGUUCCUCGUGGAGAACAGACUGCAGGUCUACGUGCCGCAGCCCGAGGAGGACGUGUACGAGCUGCUGUACCAGGAGAUCGAGAUCUGCCCCAAGGCCACGCGGAGCCUGCAGGUGGAGAAGUCGGACGCGGCCGGGGACAGCUACGGCUUCUCCCUCUCCUCCGUGGAGGAGGACGGCGUCCGAAGGCUCUACGUGAGCAGCGUGAGGGACACGGGGCUGGCAGCCAAGAAAGGCCUGAAGGUGGGAGAUGAGAUUCUCGAAAUCAACAAUCGCGUGGCCGCCACCCUGAGCCCCGCGGCCCUCAGGGACUUCCUCUCGCAGCCCAGCCUGGGCCUCCUGGUGCGGACGCGCCCCGAGCUGGAGGGGGGCGUCCUGCUGCUGGGGAGCCCGCCCCACCGUGCCGACGGCCCCACCGAACCCGGCCAGAGCCCCCUCGCCUUCCUCCCCGGCAGCCCAGGGCCCGGCCUGGGCGGUGCGCAGGGCAGCGGUGCGGAGCCCGCCCCCGUGGAGGCUGAGGGGCUGGACCCCGAGUCCUCGGAUGACACGGACCUCAGCAGCAAGAGCACGGAACAGGGGGCCGUGUCCUGCCGCAGUCCGCGCGAGAUGAACCCCAGUGCCCCGAGCCCGUGCCCCCAGGACCCUGGCGGGCCGCAGCCGGCCACCACGCGGCAGCUCACGGACGCCGACAAGCUGCGCAAGGUCAUCUGUGAGCUGCUGGAGACGGAGCGCACCUACGUGAAGGACCUGAACUGUCUCAUGGAGCGAUACCUGAAGCCACUGCAGAAGGAGACUUUUCUCACCCAGGACGAGCUUGACGUGCUCUUCGGCAAUUUAACCGAAAUGGUGGAGUUUCAAGUAGAAUUCCUUAAAACUCUGGAAGAUGGAGUGAGACUCGUCCCGGAUUUGGAAAAGCUCGAGAGAGUCGAUCAGUUUAAGAAAGUGCUGUUCUCGCUGGGGGGCUCCUUCCUCUACUACGCCGACCGCUUCAAGCUGUACAGCGCCUUCUGCGCCAGCCACACGAAGGUGCCCAAGGUCCUGGUGAAAGCCAGGACGGACGCGGCCUUCAAGGCCUUCCUGGACGCCCAGAACCCCCGGCAGCAGCACUCGGCCACGCUCGAGUCGUACCUCAUCAAGCCCAUCCAGCGGGUCCUCAAGUACCCGCUGCUGCUGCGGGAGCUCUUCGCGCUGACGCACGUGGACAGCGAGGAGCACUACCACCUGGACGUGGCCAUCAAGACCAUGAACAAGGUGGCCAGUCACAUCAACGAGAUGCAGAAGAUCCACGAGGAGUUCGGGGCCGUGUUUGACCAGCUGAUCGCCGAGCAGACGGGCGAGAAGAAGGAGGUGGCCGACCUGAGCAUGGGGGACCUGCUGCUGCACACGACGGUGACCUGGCCCAACCCGCCCGCCUCGCUGGGCAAGUGGAAGAAGGAGCCCGAGCUGGCCGCCUUCGUCUUCAAAACGGCCGUGGUCCUCGUGUACAAAGACGGCUCCAAGCAGAAGAGGAAACUCGUCGGAUCCCACAGGCUCUCCAUCUACGAGGAGUGGGACCCCUUCCGGUUUCGGCACAUGAUCCCCACGGAGGCGCUGCAGGUCCGCGCCCUGGCCAGUGCAGAUGCCGACGCCAGUACCGCGUGCGAGAUCGUCCACGUCAAGUCCGAGUCAGAAGGGAGGCCGGAGCGGGUGUUCCACCUGUGCUGCGGCUCCCCCAAGAGCCGCAAGGAUUUCCUGAAGGCCGUGCACUCGGUCCUCCGUGACAAGCACCGGCGGCAGCUCCUCAAGGCCGAGAGCCUGCCCUCGUCCCAGCAGUACGUCCCCUUCGGAGGAAAACGCCUGUGCGCGCUGAAGGGGGCCCGGCCAGCCAUGAGCAGGGCAGUGUCCGCGCCCAGCAAGUCCCUGGGCCGAAGGAGGCGGCGCCUGGCCCGGAACAGGUUCACCGUGGACGCGGACGCCGUGUCCGCCUGCAGCCCCGAGCGGGAGCCGCCCGGCGCGGGGGACACGGACCGGUGGGUGGAGGAGCAGUUCGACCUGGCGCGGUACGAGCAGCAGGACGACCUCAAGGAGACGGACAUCCUCAGCGACGAUGACGCGUUCUGCGAGGCCGAGGUCGUGCGCGGCGCCGAGGACGCGGACCCGGCGGACCCGGCGGACCUGGCGGGGCGGCUGCAGGCGGCCUCCCUGGGGCCGCGGGACCGAGGCCGCGGGGGCCCGGACGGCCACGCGUCGCGCAUGGCGCAGCUCAGGAAGCAGGCGGCGCUGGGCGGGCCCGGCGGAGGCCCCGAGCCCGCGGGCCAGGAGGUCGUCUGGGUCCGGCGGGAGGACCUGGCCGCUUCCAGGACCCUGAACACGGAGAUCUGACCCGGCUCCGGGCGCGUGUAGAUCCCUGGCCCCGCCCGCCCCCAGGACGGGGUGUCCCCCGGGCGCGCUCUGCGCACACGGCGCUGGCGGCUGACUGUGCGAUGGAGCCGCGCGGCCCCAGGGACACCCCGACACCAGAUGGCAUCGCUCAGCGCCUCCCCUCCCUCCCGAACACGCCGGGGCUUUGACCGACCCGGUGCAUCGGGGUCGGAAGAAUAAAAUGGAAGACUCCGCUGCACGGAAGUCAGACGCCAGGGGCUCCGUGUGUGCAGAUGAGCCGAAGGGGUGGCAGGAAAAGUGCACACAUCACGGAAUCCGAGGCCGGACACAGCGCCGCCUCCUGGGCGAACACGGAGCACGACGCACCGAUGCGCAGCCACGCCUGGCGCCCCGCCCUCGCCCCCGCCCCCACGUCCGAGGAUGUGUGUGUCCCAGGCAGCGCCCCACUUCCCCCCGACGUCCGAGGAUGUGUGUGUCCCUGGGGUGUGUCUUGAUGAGCCAUGUUUUCUCUUCUUUGUGGGUCUGUGGCUGGUCUCAGCCGAGCCAGUGUUGGGCAGUUCUAGUUUUGCAUAGAAUUAAUUACAAAGAUGCCAAACUCUGUGAAAAGAGAGCCAAAUGUAUCACUUGAAGAAAUAAAGAUGCUAUUUUUUUGUAUUUUGCCUGAGAGGCAGGGGCACAAACAGGAGUUUUACAGUGUUAGCGUAACGCUGCGUGGAAGUGAGGAUUUUACCUUUUACAGAGAGAAAGAGCGGGCGUGGUUCUAUAUUUAUAUAUGAAAGGCCGACGAGAUGCUCAGCCCAGGAGAGUUUGUUUCUUUGCUUGUUUGCCGGAGCCCCUGUGUGAGAGGGGUGCUUGGUUGAGUUACACAGGACACCCCACGGGGCAGCCUGUGCGUCUGCCUCAGGGGGAGCGGGAGGGGAGACACCUGGGGGUUGCCAUGGCGAUCAUGGGUUGUCCGUCAAAUUUACAUCUUCAUCCGUAGAUUGCCCGCCCUUCCCUGACCUUCAGUCCAAACCUCUUAAGAAAACAUGUCUGUGUAACGCUUUCUUCAUGCCAACGAAACAGGGUAAACACGCUAAAAAUCAACCCUCUGGACCGAUUUUCAAGUAGGGAGAACAAAACCAAGUUAAAGCACUUUCCAUUUUUUUUUUUUUUAAAGAAAAGAUUUAUAGCUUUCCCCCCCCACCCCCAUUUCACAAUGUCCACUUCCUAAGAAGGGUUUAAAUAAUAUAAAAACUUCCUUUUUUGGGGAAAAUAUCUAUUUGGUGUUGGACACAUCAGUAGGUACUUUACAGGCUGCCUUUUACAGUAGCUCUGGGGUAUCUUUUGUACAGACCGCGUGACUCUAUUUGCAGACGCAGAGAGCUCGCACUCGCACUCGGUGCCGCUUGCUCUGCUCCCGCCGGCCGCCUCGGGUCCCCAGGGCUUUCAGCUUGGUCUUUGGAAACUUUUGACCCUCCUGAAUUUUUGCUAUAUCUUCUGAUUUUCUGAAAACGCUGUAGAAUGAUUGCUACUCCCCUCGUGUCUCCGCACUGUCCACGCGUCUCCAGUGGGUGUGUGGGACGGAGGCGGGAGCCCAGGCCGCUGGUAGCCGCUUCGGGCCGGGCAGCGGGUCCGCGGGGAGCCGGGGAGGGCGUGCGCAGGGGCGCCGCGUCGCGUGUACAUAGGUCAUGACGUGUCCAUGUCCAAAGUUCUUAUAUAUUUCUUUUAUAAGCUGAAAGAAGGUCUAUUUUUAUGUUUUUAGGUCUAUGAAUGGAACGUUGUAAAUGCCUGUCAGUCGAACAAUAAAAUGAUCGGAAAGUG